CAAAACUGAAAAUAUGAACUCCUUGAUCGUUCUUUUCGCUGCCCUAUCCAUAGUUGCCGUUUCUGGCCAUUACUAUGGUGGAGACAAACCCUAUCGCUACUAUGGAGGAUUCGAAUCUCAAGGAUUUGCUGGCGCAGGAAGUCAGGCAACAGUAGCGGGAGCCAGUGUUGGUCCUUACAACGUAAACGGUCCUUCCUUUGGACCGUCUGAAGUCAGCGGACCUCAGUAUGGUCCUUCUAGGGUAUCGGGACCAACCAACGAACCUGCUUCGAUCGUUGGACCUAGAGUCGCAGCUGCUAGUAUUACUGGACCUGUAAACGAAGGCGCUGUGCUUUCUGCUCCUGUUUUUGGAGGCGUACGAUUUGUUAAUAGAGGUGGAUGGGUUGAUGGUGACAGUGGAGAAGAUUGGAACGAUCAUGGAUACGAGCACUGAAUUUGAUAGAUUUAAUAUGACCUGUAUUUAUGGCAC